AUGGAAUCGACGGGUGCGACCUGCUGUGCUGCGGUCGAGGGCACAACACGAGGACUGAGAAAAGGAAAGAAAAAUGUCACUGCAUCUUCCACUGGUGCUGCUACGUCAGCUGCCAAGAGUGCGUGA